UCAAGCGCUUGUCGAGUCGAAAUUUUAAUAAUUCAUCAGAAGUGAACUGCUUUUUUGGCUAUUCCUGAAGAUCUGGUGGUGGAUUGUGGUGUGUAUCAUCGAAGGAGUCGCUGAAACCAGUGUAAAUAACGUGUUCAAGGGCCGGAGAAACUAAAGUUAAUGCCAUGGCAUCUACGUCGCAUUCCUCUGCACCAGCUGGUCCCGCAAGUGAAAUAAGCAUACCAAAGUACAGUAACUGGCUCACUGUGGGUCAUGCCUUAGUAAACGUACUUUGUAAGGGCCUGCGGCCUUAUGUUACACGAGAGAUGGAUUGUCUGUAUAAGUGCAUAAAAAACAGAGUUGCGGAUCUUCCCGAUGCGGGACCCUGCCAAUGUAAAACAAGAACUCAUAAAAUGGAGAAAUGUGCAUGGGCAUGUGAACUUCAGUUUUUUCACCAUCGAAACAAACCACACUGGAAACAAAGUGAUCCCAGCAAGUGGGCGGAUCCAGAUCUUGGUCCUUGGGAAAUAGCUAAGCUGUAUAUACCUGAAUUGAGUCCAGGCUCCAUUAUUAAUGGCGCGGACGACAUGGAUAUUACUGGUAUUUUGAACCUCAUGUACUGGUGCAACAAAUUUAAAAUUUUACAGACUCGAGUCGAAGAAACUCGAAAAGCACGUAAUACAAAGUGGGCUCACGUGCCGAAGCUAGAACUAACAGAUGAAGAAAGAAAGGCUGUCCUUGAUGCUGUUGAAAAACUGCUCGAAGAUUCCGCAUUGGCCGAUGACUCUGCCGCUAAAAAGGCCCGAGAUGAAAUAUUACAGUUGAAAUGCGACUUACAAACAUUCGACUUACAAACAUUCGAGCACCAAGUAUUAAUCCAGCACCGAAAUGUGACUGAAAAAGAUGUUUCAAACAUGAAGAACGAGCUGAAAAUUCUAAAAAGGGAUCAGUCAAAACACAAUAAAAGGUUUCGAGGAAGGUUGGAAGGACGUCUUCGUAACAUGAGGAUGGCUUUAGAAAACGUAGACAGAAGGAUGCAGGAAAGGGAGUCAAAACACAAUAAAAGGCUUCGAAUGCAGUUCAGACGUCUUCGUAACACGGAGAAGGCUUUGGAAAACGUAAACAGAGGGAUACAGGAAAGAGUUCCUCUCACAAAGCUUGUCCAAAAUGGCAUGUUGUUUUUCGGGUAUUGCUUUAUCAUGUGUUCCGAGGGAUUAAGAGCAAGAUUGUUUGUUCCUUGGCUUAUUAUCCUUUUUUUGUGCAAUUGCUUCACGAGUCUAGAUCCCAGAUCAUUCGAGUAUGCGUCUGUAGGUCCAUACCAAUCAAUUGGAUGUUACAAAGAUUUUAAUGACCGAGCCAUACCAACUUUGGAAGGGCAAGAUUCGAUCCUAGAUGGCAAGUACAAUGCACGGAGUAACUCUAUCGAGAAAUGCUAUAAAGCAGCGAAGAAGCGAGGAUUCCAAGUGUUUGCAGUUCAAAAUGGGGGAUGGUGCGCCUCAAGUGCUUUCGCCAUUGGGACGUUCACCAGAUAUGGAAAAUCGUCAGCUUGUAAGUCAGACGGCGAAGGUGGACCAUGGGCCAAUCAAGUUUAUUAUAUCAAAGGUUAUCAAGCCGUAGGAUGUUAUACAGAUACUUCAAAUCGCGCAGUGGAGACUCUAGAAGGAAAAGAUUCCAUCUUAGACGGCGCCUACAGUUCACGUGUAAAUCCCAUUGCAAAGUGCGCGGUGGCUGCAAUGCGAAAGGGUUACAAUAUGUUUGCAGUUCAGGAUGGCGGCUGGUGUGCAGCAAGUUCUACUGCGCCACAGACGUUUGACAAAUAUGAAAAAUCCACCGCUUGUAAGGGUGAUGGCAAAGGUGGACCCUGGGCCAAUAAUGUCUAUGUCGUCAAUCCGCUCGUUUUACCCUACGAAACGAUCGGAUGUUUUCAGGAUCAUGAUGACCGAGCCAUACCGACAUUGGAGGGACAAGAUCCUAUUUUGGAUAGAGACUACAAAACACGACUUGAUCCCAUCAGCAAAUGCUUUCAAGCAGCUAAGAAGCGAGGAUUUCGUAUAUUUGCAAUUCAAGAUGGUGGAUGGUGUGCAACAAGCGCUUCGGCUGCCAAGACAUUCAACAGAUAUGGUAAAUCGUCAGCUUGUAAGUCAGAUGGUGAGGGUGGACCAUGGGCCAAUCAAGUUUAUUACAUAAAAGGUUAUAAGGCCGUUGGUUGUUACAAAAACAACUCAAAUGACUCUCUGAUGGAUAUGGUAAGUAGUGGAAUCGAAACGUUAGAGGGAAAGGAUUCCAGCCUAGACGAUGCUUACAAUUCUCGUGAAAAUCCCAUCGCAAAUUGCGCCGUGGCUGCUAUGAGAAACGGUUACAGUAUGUUUGCAGUUCAGAAUGGCGGCUGGUGUGCAGCAAGUGCCGCCGCUUUAGAGAUAUUUGACAAAUAUGGGGAAUCUACGGAUUGUGAAGCUAAUGGGAGUGGAGGACCUGCGGCUUAUAACAUAUAUUUACUGAAAGGUUACGUUGCCGUUGGUUGUUACAUAGAGAAACGAGAUCGCGCAAUUGACACAUUAGAAGGAAAGGAUUCCAUCUUGAACGACUCUUACUAUUCUCGUGAAAAUCCUAUCGCAAAGUGCGCCGUAGCAGCCAUGAGAAAGGGGUACAGUAUAUUUGCAGUUCAGGAUGGCGGCCUCUGUGCUGCAGGUGUUUCUGCACCACAGAAGUUUGACAAAUAUGGGAAAUCCCCGAAUUGUGAGGUUGAUGGUACUGGAGGACCCGGGGCUAUUAACGUAUAUUUGAUGAAAGGUAAGGUAUAA